UGUAUUUCCAGCAGACUUCGAUUAGAAUCGCUCCUGCAGCAGAGAGCGAUUACAGCUUCUCCACAACUCAAGAGGCCCAUCUUCCCUCGAGUCGACGCAAGGUCACGUGUAUUCCUGAGUCUCCAUAUCUUAUCGAGUCAUCACAAUGGUCGUGGCAAAGGAACGAAUGGCGAAAGUGGUGAACUGGCAGCAGACAGCAACGUCGGCAGCUGUCAUCUUUCUCACCGUUUUAGUCACAAGCCAAUGCUACCCCUACUGGAUUAGCAGUGCGGCUCCGGGGCCAGCAGAUCUCUGCAUCACCACUGACAACCAAGACGCCCAGAAACCCUCGAGAUUCCACAUUCCGGACUACGGCCUCCAGGGACCCAUCCCCUGGACGUACAUCCGACCAUCCGUCCGCGAUCAAUUCACCGUCAACGGCUCGAUCCGGGCCGUCGAAAAUUUCCGCGGAAUGGAUGCGACCGACUCCGGAGCGAAGCCGUUUGUGUGGCCGAGCGCUAGGAUAGACCUGAUGCGGCGAAGGGCGGAAGGGCGAUCUCCUGCUGUGUCUAGCUACGGCGAAAAUACCACGCUGACUUUCUACGAGGCGUUUGAUAAGUACCCGGUCAAAGGGAAGUCUGUCCUUGUGAUCGGGAGUCAGGUCCCUUGGCUUGAAGGGAUGCUGCUGGCGUUUAACGCCGGAUCGAUCACGACCGUCGAUUUCAACAAGCCAAUCGCGGACUACCCUGGCUUGCGGCAGUGGGAUAUCGCUGAGCUGGACGCUACCGAUGAGACGUUUGACGUGGCGGUUUCGUAUUCGUCGCUGGAGCAUGAUGGACUGGGGAGAUACGGCGACCCGCUGAAUCCGGAUGGGGACAUGCAUCGAAUGGCAAAGAUCAGAGGCCUGCUCAACCCAGGAGGGCUCUUCCUGCUGGGCGUCCCAGUGGGCAACGACACGCUGGUGUUCAACGCGCAUCGAGUGUACGGGCCCAUCCGCAUGCCGCUGCUGCUCAAGGGGUGGCAGAUGCUGGACGUGUUUGGGGUGUCCAGCCUCGAAGCGGCUUACAGGGAGAACCUGAAUGCUGUGCUUAUCCAGCCAGUCAUAGUGCUCAAGUAGACUCACUACAGCUAUACUCGAAGCAGCUUAUAGGGAGACCCUGAAUGAUGCGCUUAUCUAGCCAUAGUGCUGAAGUAGAGGCUAUAUUGCCAGCCUUGUUUGGGGUGUCCAGCCGCGAAGCAGCUUAUAGGGAGAACCUGAGAGCUCUCAUUCUUCAGCCGAUUAUCGUGCGGAAGUAGGCUCCCUAGAGGUAGAAGCCAUUCGCGUUAGUUUGUUGUUUUAUAGCCACGGUGAAGGGACCCAUCCAACGCCUUGGUUUUUUCCCACUGGGUCCCGUGGGCAGCGACAGCAUGCUUGAUUUCGCCACAUGCCGCGACUGCUAGAGAUAUGGAAGAUGUUGGACAUGUUCGGGUGUCCAGUCCAAGCUUGAAGCAGCUUACAGGGUGAACUUGAACCCGAACGAUCUCAUCUCAUCAUCCAACCUAUCAAGUGCUGAAAUAGACCCCUGUCCCACCACGCUAGUGGCCAGUACCAAUGGGAGACCUAAGACAGCAGCCAUACAUACAGGGGGGUUGACCCUACUGAGAAAGGACAA